UCGUUUUCCCUCUCUCUCCCACCCUCCCCAGGGUAAAGUCCAAGACUUUCUUAUUCCCUCUAUUGUACAAACUAUCUCCAACAAUAAUCCUAACAACCACUCACUCCCCCAGAAAAUCCCCCUCACUCUAAAACUCACUGAAUUAGGGUUUUUCAUCCAUAACCCAUGAUGGAUAUUACUUGUUAUCAUCAAAUUAGGUGUACAUCAUCCCCAAUUCGUUUCAUUUCUCCUCCUCAUCCAUAUAGGGUUUCAUCAAAAUCAAUCUAUAUAAACAAUCAAAGGAAAAGGAGAAAUCUUUGUUUAGUUGCUUCUUCUUCUGAUACUUUGAUUGCUGGAUCACAUAAAGAAGAAGACAAUGGGAAAACUAUUAAGAAAUCAUCAACAUCAAUUGAUGAAUAUGAAGAUUUGAAAUCUUGGAUGCAUAGUAAAGGUUUACCCCCUUGUAAAAUUGUUCUUGAUGAAAAAGAUUGCAAGUUUCAUACUCAGAAACACAGGCCUAUCCAUUAUGUUGCUGCUAGUGAAGAUCUUGAGAAAGGAGAUAUGGUGUUUUCGGUUCCGGAUGAAUUGGUUGUUACCCUUGAGAGAGUUCUUGGAAACGAAACAAUUGCGGAAUUGUUGACAACGAACAAGCUGUCAGAAUUGGCUUGCUUGGCAUUGUAUCUCAUGUAUGAGAAGAAGCAGAAAAAGAAAUCUUUCUGGUAUCCUUUCAUCAGGGAGCUUGAUCGCCAACGAGGGAGGGGUCAAUUAGCUGCGGAAUCUCCACUUCUAUGGUCAGAAGAUGAACUGGCUUACUUGACUGGGAGCCCUACAAAGGCGGCAGUUCUUGAACGGGAAGAAGGGAUUAAGAGAGAGUAUAAUGAGCUUGACACUGUCUGGUUUAUGUCAGGAUCACUAUUUCAGCAAUACCCAUAUGAUAUACCUACCGAGGCCUUUCCAUAUGAGAUUUUCAAGCAAGCUUUUGUUGCUGUUCAGUCUUGUGUAGUUCAUUUGCAGAAAGUUAGUUUGGCACGAAGAUUUGCUUUGGUUCCUCUAGGGCCACCACUGUUGGCUUACAAAAGCAAUUGCAAGGCCAUGCUUACUGCUGGGGAAGGUGCUGUUCAGCUCAUGGUUGACCGCCCAUAUAAGGCUGGGGAGCCAAUUUUUAUCUGGUGUGGACCACAGCCUAAUUCAAAGCUUUUAGUAAACUAUGGCUUUGUUGAUGAAGAUAACCCCUAUGACCGCAUUUUGGUUGAGGCAUCCCUUAGCACUGAGGAUCCUCAAUACCACGAUAAGAGAAUGGUUGCGCAGCGAAAUGGAAAACUGGCCAUACAAGUCUUUCAGGUCUCUGCUGGCAAAGAAAAAGAAGCAGUUUACGAUAUGCUUCCUUACCUUCGACUAGGCUAUGUUUCAGAUCCGUCCGAGAUGGAGUCCGUGAUUUCUUCUCAAGGCCCUGUAUGUCCAAUAAGCCCAUGUAUGGAACGUGCAGUUCUGGAUCAACUUUCUCACUAUUUUACAGCUCGUUUAGCUGGCUAUCCCACUACCUUAAGUGAAGAUGAAGCCUUGUUGACAGAUUCCAGCUUGGACCCUAAGAAACGAGUUGCUACCCAGCUUGUCAAACUAGAAAAGAAGAUGCUAACUGCCUGCCUUCAUGCUACAGUUGAACUGAUAAAGCAGCUACCCGAUGAUACUAUAUCUCCCUGCCCUGCUCCAUACGCCCCUCAACUAAAAUAAAAGAAAUGUCAGACGAUCAAGCUCCUAAUUGUGAAUAAUCCUGUAAACAAAGAGCAGGCUUUUGUAACUUUGUGGCGAUUUGAAAGUGGGCAUGAACUAGGACUUUUCUUUUUAACAUUGCCAAAUGCUUCAAAUGGUUUUCUGCCAAAUUAAUAGGGUCAACUAGCAGAUCGUCUGACUUCAUUUUGUGAAGGGGGAAGUCAUGGAACUUUGGGCCGGAACUUCGAAAACAUUAUAUUCAGAUGAUUUUGUCAAUUUGCCAUGGCUGUUAAUCCUUCGCCUUUCAAUCUGUACACAAAUUGAUUUGUAUUAUAAAUUAAGUUUUUUCUCUCA